GAAGGUAAUCCAGAUGCUUGCCCUGAUCUUUAGAGGGAAUCCGUUUACCCUAGAUAUUAUAGAAGAGGACAUUGCCGGGUGAGGGGAAACAAGAACUCUUCAAGUUUUCACAUAGUUGAAACAUUUUGAAGGUUACAGAUGUUAACAGGCCUGCAACGAUUUGUAUUUGAAGGAUCAAGGAAAGCUGCUACUCAAAACUACUGUUGUAACUUUCCGAUGCUGCAUCAAAUAGUGGUUAAGUUUCUGAGCUGGUCACCUCAGCAGUUCACCGGCGAUCGCAAUUACAGGCACAAAGAGGCUGCUAAAACCUAUGAUCCGAGGAUCUUGAUCACAGGUGGAUUGGGUCAGCUUGGUUUUGGUCUUGCAAAGUUUCUUAGGAAGUCAUUUGGAAGGAACAAUGUCAUUCUUUCUGAUAUCCGCAAGCCUGCAGCUGAAGUUCUUGAAAAUGGUCCCUUCAUCUUUGCUGACGUUCUUGAUUAUAGGAACCUACAGGAAUUAGUGGUCAAUAACCAAAUAACUUGGCUAAUCCAUUACAGCACUCUUCUUAGUGCAAUUGGAGAGGCUAAUGUGCCAUUAGUCCGCAAAGUCAAUAUUACUGGUUUGCACAAUGUGCUGGAUGUUGCUUUAGAAUAUUCUCUACAUCUUUUUGUCCCCAGCACCAUUGGUGCCUUUGGACCCAGCUCUCCCAGAAACCCUACUCCUGACCUGUGCAUUCAGAGACCUCAGACAAUCUAUGGAAUUUCCAAGGUGCAUGCAGAGUUAAUGGGUGAGUAUUAUCAUCUCAAAUAUGGUCUGGAUUUCCGCUCUCUCAGAUAUCCAGGUAUUAUUUCAGCUGUCUCUAAGCCAGGUGGAGGAACUACAGACUACGCUGUUCAGAUCUUUCAUGAUGCUCUCAAGACUGGAAAGUUUGAAUGCUACCUUGGAUCAGAUACACGGCUUCCCGUGAUGCACAUUGAUGACUGUCAAAGGGCAACCUUGGAAUUUAUGGAGGCUCCAGCAGAGUGCCUCACCAUGAGAACUUACAACAUCAGUGCCAUGAGCUUCACUCCACAGGAGCUUGCUUCUGAAGUUUGCAAGUACUUGCCUGAUCUGGAGGUCUCCUACAAGCCAGAUCCAAUGCAGCAGAGCAUUGCUGACGGGUGGCCCAUGAGCUUUGAAGACAGCAAUGCUCGGAAAGACUGGGGUUGGAAACACCAAUAUGGUCUGCAGGAACUGGUGACUGACAUGCUCCAACACAUCCAAUUGAAAAACAGCAAUGAUGCCUAAGUCGGAUCCAAACAAAACCCAGGAGUGAGUC